UUCAUAAACCCUUUUUGAAUUUGAUUCUCAACAUCCAGUCGUGAAGUCCUCACAUGGCCGCUGCCUCAGAAAUACCUGACACCCAAAACCAAUGGGAAUUCAGCUGUGAUUUGGAGGUAGAUUUUGAGUCCGAAGAGAAUGCUUCAAUAGUCUAUGCUGCAUUGGGUGUUGAUAAAGAGUUGCAACCAGAUAAAGUGAAGAGGCAAAUGUCAAUCUCUGAUGGGAAACUUUCAGUGCACUUUGAAGCAGUCGAAGCAAGGUUUCUCCGUGCAUCGUUUUCAGCUUUUGCUGAUGUACUCACACUCGCCACGAAAACCAUUGAAGAACUCGAGCCAGAAAUGGUAUUGUAAUGUCUGAUUAUCGCAAUCUUACUCUAAAUGCCGAGUGAUUCCGGCAUCGAUGUAUUCUUUUGCGUUUUUGGGUGUACUCUGUCUUUGUAUUCUUAAUGAUAUAUGUGGAAUU